AUGCAUCAUCAAUUUGUUUUGGUUUCAAUUUCGAUUAUUUUGUUUCAUAAAAAGGGUCGUCUACCUGUUAAGUGGACUGCUUAUGAAGCUUUGUUAUUUGGAACAUACACAACACAAAGUGACGUUUGGAGCUAUGGUGUCCUGUUAUACGAGAUUCUCACAGUAGGUGGAUCUCCAUAUCCUGGAAUUCACGCUCGACAAAUCGCCAGGAAACUUCAGGAAGGAUUCAGAAUGCCAAAGCCUAAACAUGUGGACAACAAACUAUACCAGAUUAUGCUCAAGUGCUGGGAAGAAAAUCCAAGUGAUAGGCCAACGUUUGCCAAACUAAAAGACACGAUGAAAGAAAUGGAGGGAAAUCACAGGACGUACGUCAAUCUCAAACAGUAUGACAGUGUAUAUUAUGUACCUGUUAAGAGUAAACUACAUCAUUUGAAGAUGAUUCGUCAGCAACUGAUAAUCGUGAUAGCAUGA